AUGUUAGAAAGUAAUGUUAUACUUGAGACUAUUCUUAAAGUAAUUCUAUAUUACAUCUCAUAUUUGGAUAGACAGAUUAAAUAUCCUUUCUUUAUUAUCAACAUUGAUAAAACAAAUAUACUGUUUGAAUCAGAACAUAGUUAUUGGCUUCAAGAAGUUCUUAGAUCUUUUGCAAGGAUCAUUACAGAUAUAUCAGAUAG